UCGUACAGCAGCAACGCCUUGGUCUGCGCAGGUCAGCAAUCCCACCUUCGCCUCUCUGCCCAUCCUUCACCAUCGGCACUGCUCACGGGCAGGCAUCCACCAUGUCACGCUCGGUGCGAACACGCCGUCUGACGGUGUACGAUGCGCAGUCCGCUGGCAUCCCCCAAACCUAUCAGACCAACAAUAUCCCCUCAAGAUCGACGUCCAACCAGCCCUUUCGCUCACCAGAAGGCGAUGCCGCAUCAUACUCCUCGCAGCAACGGCAAGCUCCACAGAGUGAUGCUGAACCUCGCCGUAAUGGGCCCGGCCGUCCGCGUGGUGCUACUCUCGUUGGCAGCAACCUCAAGAAGAGAUUAAGCACGAGAUAUGGAGAUGAACAGAGAGGAGGCUCCACAGCGGGGGCUAUGAUCCCAGCUGUACCCAGUCUGCCGAGUGGUCUCUCGCAGCAAGCGUAUAUACAGUCGUCCUACGAUCAGUUGGAGGCAGGAAGCAGCGCGGGGGCAGACAGACGCCGCCUCCCUGUGUUAGGAGAGGGCUUCGAGGCAGGUGUCGGGCCGAGAGGGGAGGUCUUUGGCGGGCCGAGCGAUGGGCGCUCAGCUCCGGGCGAUCACUUCAACGAUCAAAGAGGCGACGGUACGAGCAGAGGAUACGACGACUUCGAUCACCAGCAGCUCGGUCUCGCCCCGCCUGCCAAGGGUGCCCCGUCUCCCUCUUCGUCUUCAUCACGGAAUCCCACGCUCGCAUGGGAAGGAUCCUCUCUCAAAUCACUUCUGGACUCGACUCGGAGAUACAGCAGCAGCGACAAUCUUAUCAGUCUAGAUAAGCUGAGGCAGCCUGACAACUUCUCUCCUACUGAUUACCUCCGGCUCCACCUGCCGCCGAACAUGAGUCCUUCCCAGUUCUCUGAGACCCUGACAGCGGCAAAGGCGGCAGUCAAAGACGACGUCAAGUCCCAGGUUUUUGCGAACUACUCAGACUUCAUUGCUAUCUCGAGUCAGGUGGGGGCUCUUGAGAAUGAAAUGAUUGAACUCAAGUCUCUGCUCACAGAGUGGCGAGGUAUGCCGAGGGUACUCGAAAGUCAAGAUGAGAGCAGCAAGUCCUUCCUGGGUGCCGCCAGCGCCAAUCCACUUGCACGUCGUUCCUCCAUGCUCUCGCUGCAGCAAGUAUAUCGUGCUCAGCUCACCGCCCUGUGGGAGGGCAUUGACAAUUCGCAAAAGUUCAUCCCUUACAAGCCAGGACGUCAUCUCAUCGCAGAGGCUCCUGAUUUUGUCGAGCUCAAUGCUGCGACCUAUCGGCCAAGCCACAACGUUGCAUUGUUCCUCUUGGAUGAUCUGCUCCUGGUGGCUGCCAGAAAGAAAGGUAGAAUGGCAACAAAGGUACGACUGGAAGCCCAGAGAUGCUUUGCUCUUGGCGACAUUGUCGUCGUGGACCUGAAGGACAGCGCUAUGAAAGGAGGUUCUGCUGAUGCUGGCUCUGCCUCAGUGUCCGGCGCUAUCAAAGACUCGAUCAAGAUCAAGAGGGGCAAAGAGACCUUCGUCUUUCGUGCAGAGAGGACCGAGUCAAAGAAGGCUCUUCUCAAUGCUUUCCGACGCGUUGCUGAAGAGUUGGUGAAUAGAAAGAAGAAGCAAGGAGGCAGUGGGGCUGACGGUAGCGGUGCAGGUGCGCCCUCCAUGUUGGGACGGAGAGCUUCCGUCUACGCGGGCAUGGCUAUGGAAAAGCCCGGCCAGAGCUCUGUCAGCAAGUCUUUCCUUGGUGAUCUGGCCGAGGAAGGUGGAGAGGAAGAUGGAGUAUUGAAGCUGGCCAGCGAGAGGGUCAAAGAGGAGAGGAAGGACCCUCACCGAUGGUUGAAUGACUGGAGCGAUGGUUUAGCGGUGGACAUUGCUCUGAGAAGGUGGAAAGAGGCAUGCGAGAAGGUCUCCAAAGGCAAAGCCGUCUUAUCUACCUAUACACCAUCGGACGCCAUUCAUCAAGUCUUGACGUCGAGGCUCAACUCCCAUAUAGGCUCGCUGGUCUCCUCUCUCCUUGCCAGUCUGCAGUCGCCCAGUCUGCGCAAGUCAUCCCUCAUCACAAUCUCGAGCGCUUUGAACUCUCUCGGCUAUUCCUCAAUCGCCCGCCAGACAUUCCUGAAUGCUCGGGAAGACCUCCUCCGCAAGCGCAAGCGCUCCAUCAAAUUCGAAGGAGACACCGAGCUCUACGUGGCCGAAUUGUCAAUGGUAGUAUUCGGCAUGGUCCGCAACACCUCCGAGUGGUUCAUGGUCAGCUGGAAAGAGACGGGCAUGGCUUCGGGUUUUGUGCGUUGGGCCCUUAGCCAGAUCCACUCCUUUGCCCUGACUUUCAGACGUCAAGUCUAUGGUAACGUCAAUGUCGGAAGCAGCACUGGAGGCUACGACAAGGCUACCGCCGCACGAGCACGAGCUGUAGCCCUGGAGAGUGGUCAACAGCUCAAGGACGUUGGCCUGGACUUUGGCUUUGUGCUCGAGGAGCUGUUGAGGAGCGAGGAGGAGCAAAUGGCAAUGAACGUCACUAGAUUCGAGGAGCUCCCAGGAGAUGCAGCAGCGGGAGUAGCGACCUAUGAUGGCGUCAUUACCGAGUCGCCUACAUCGGCGGCCAGUACCUCAGAUCCUGCUAAUGCGAGGCGGCCUGCCAGAGCGGCGGAUCGCUCCCCAGAGCCAGAACCUUAUACUGCACCCCUCGUCACGAAUCGUCGUCGCGCAAUCGACAUUUCAGCCUCUGCUGCCGCCGCCGAAGGCUCUGGCACCCCUGGCGCUCCAUCUCGGGUGCGGUCCCUCCGUCAAGGUCACGCCCUCCCUCCUACAGCCAAGACGAUGCCGAUUCCUUCGCUAACCCUCACGCUGGCGGACGAGGCGAGUGGUAUCUCUCACCGAAUCUCUUCGGCUGAUCUGCCCAAGGUGACUGCGCAGGAGAUUAGGAGGAACAGUGUCAUGAUGACCUCGAUGGGGAUGGGCAACAGCAACGGGAGUGGAGCUCAUACACCUAGCAGAGGAGGGCUGGACACAGUGGAGGAGUGAGAGAGGGAGAGGAGGAGUGACAGUGGGCGAUAGGUAAGCCGGAGCCGAGCUAGCGAUAUCAAGUCGCCUAGGCACUCGAAACAAGGCGGCUGCACUGGAAAUGUGUCAGCCCUUGUUGGAGCAAGAUAGCGGUCAAUGCAUGCGAUACCCCACGAUGGCAUUUAACGCCACCCCCGAUACAUCGGUAGCUGAGUUUGUGUGGUGUGAGAUGCCGCUGCUUUGUUUCACUCGGUGGUGUGAGAGCGUCGGUGGUGCUUAGGCAAGGUAGAGGCGUCAAUCAUUCUGAUUUGGGAGAUAAGGAGCAGCGGCAGAGGAGCUCGAAGAUCAGAAGGAAAUAGAGUUCAUCCCGCGCUCAGCGUCGUGGUCAUGAGAGGUACAAAGUGUCUGGAGCAGAAGGAAACAAAAGUUGUGGGGC